AUGGCCCGGCACGUUCAGGCGACGCACGUCCGGCUUUCAGCGACAAGCGCUCAUUCAGGACGUCAUUCGUUACGGGACUACGGCCAUCGUAAUGCGCAUUACGAUCGGGAGCAGCGGAGGCCUACACUUUCCCUUCCAGGGACUUUCGCACGUGGUGCCAUAAAGCGCAGUGCGGAUCCGGCUAACACAAUAGGCCGUCGAAUCGCUCUUGCACCCAGAGUACCGCUUCGCCUACCAUUCGCCCGUCGUCGUCGUGUCGUCACGGCGCCCUUCCGCCCGCCACCGGCCCCGUCCGGCCGCUCUCCUUUCGUCUUUAGAACGAAUGCGGUUCGUAAUUUCGCCGAACGGCCUGCCGGCGACGACGCCGUCCGGCUUGCAAACGAAGGCCGCUCUGUAGACUACCACUUCCCUUUGGCGCAUUCGGAGGCCAUCACGGACGGCACCGGAACUGCCCGGUUGGGUCCGCUACGUAACAGGCCUGACAAAAGUACGCAAUGCUCGAGUCUGUUGCAGUCCUUCGUUCGCGGACGCCGUACUCCCGAAAUGCGCAUUACGAGUAAAAUGCGCGAGUCCGUUGCAGUCCUUCGUUCGCGGUCGCCGUACGCCCGAAAUGCGCAUUACGAGUUAAAUGCGCGAGUCCGUUGCAGUCCUUCGUUCGCGGUCGCCGUACGCCCGAAACGCACAUUACGAGUUAAAAGCGCGAGUCCGUUGCAGUUCUUCGUCCGCGGACACCUCCUUCGUUCGCGGACGCCGUACGCACGAAACGCGCAUUACGAGUUAAAAGCGCGAGUCCGUUGUAGUCCUUCGUCCGCGGUCGCCUCAGUUGCAGUCCUUCGUCCGCGGUCGCCGUACUCCCGAAAUGCGCAUUACGAGGUAAAUGCGCUAGUCAGUUGCAGUCCUUCGUCCGCGGUCGCCGUUCGCGGUCCCGUACUCCCGCAAUGCGCAUUACGAGGUAAAUGCGCGAGUCCGUUGCAGUCCUUCGUUCGCGGUCGCCGUAGUCCUUCGUCCGGUCGAAAUGCGCAUUACGAGGUAAAUGCGCGAGUCCGUUGCAGUCCUUCGUUCGCGGUCGCCGUACUCCCGAAAUGCGCAUUACGAGGUAAAUGCGCGAGUCCGUUGCAGUCCUUCGUUCGCGGUCGCCGUACUCCCGAAAUGCGCAUUACGAGGUAA